AUGGACGAAAAAGUUAUCGAAACUGUACUCGGUAUGGACGAAAAAGUUAUCGAAACUGUACUCGGUAUAGUGGAUAGAGUGACGCCAAAUGGCCCGGAAGAACAAAGAAUAGUUCUUGGUCAAUUGGUUGACCUGAUCUGUCGAGGCUCGCUAAUGCCUAAGACACAGUCGUUAUCGUCAACGGACAAGCCAAAUACAACAGAACAACUUAAACCGUCUAAUGACAGUUCAGUGCAAUCACAAGAAAAUAUAGUGAACCCAGUACAAAGCUCAGUGAAUCCAGGAUCGUCACAAAGUCUAGCGUAUCCAACUUUACCAAAAGUGGAAGUUAAACAGGAAUAUGACCCCUCCCCAUACGCGGUGCCAGAUGUCUCCCAACUUGGUCAGUCGGACAUAGAACGACUCCUAGCGUGGCAACAGUAUCAACAGUAUGUUAAGUCAGAGCAAGACUUUAAAUCACAGCAGCUGAACGUGUUGAUUCCGAUGUCUCCAUGUGGCCUUCAAAGUCGUUUUGUGCCUAAUCAUCUGCGUUAUCUUCCCCUCAACCCAUAUUGGCACGUACCACAGAUACCACUACCGCCGCCACUGCCAUGGCCAGCAAAGGAUCAGCAGCAGCAGCAGCAAGAGCAAGAAGCACCUCACCAGUCACCUCAACAAGAACCAACACAACAGCAACUAGCGCCCCAUCACCAUAAUCAGAUUCAACAAAAUCCGCAACAUGCGACACAACAACAACAUCAACCACAACAACGCCCAGAAUAUAAUAAUCACUUUUAUCAGCAGCAACAACCUAUCUACGUGGGCCAUCAGCAGCACCUACAGCCCCAGUACCAUCACCAAGUAACGCAGCAGCAACGUCAACCCGCCCUGCCGUUACAGAACGAGGAACAAUACGUGGGCCAUCAGCAGCACCUACAGCCCCAGUACCAUCACCAAGUAACGCAGCAGCAACGUCAACCCGCCCUGCCGUUACAGAACGAGGAACAAGCACAAAGGCAGCAACACACACAGCAGCAGCAUGCGCCAGAACAUACACCACGGCAACAACAGUACGUGGGCCAUCAGCAGCACCUACAGCCCCAGUACCAUCACCAAGUAACGCAGCAGCAACGUCAACCCGCCCUGCCGUUACAGAACGAGGAACAAGCACAAAGGCAGCAACACACACAGCAGCAGCAUGCGCCAGAACAUACACCACGGCAACAACAGUACGUGGGCCAUCAGCAGCACCUACAGCCCCAGUACCAUCACCAAGUAACGCAGCAGCAACGUCAACCCGCCCUGCCGUUACAGAACGAGGAACAAGCACAAAGGCAGCAACACACACAGCAGCAGCAUGCGCCAGAACAUACACCACGGCAACAACAGUACGUGGGCCAUCAGCAGCACCUACAGCCCCAGUACCAUCACCAAGUAACGCAGCAGCAACGUCAACCCGCCCUGCCGUUACAGAACGAGGAACAAGCACAAAGGCAGCAACACACACAACAGCGAUGUAUCCAACAACAGGAGCAAGAACACAGUAUACAGGGACAGCAACACAGACAGCAACAGCAUCUAGCGUUCACAGCGUUGCAGGAACCACAACAAGAGCACCAACACCAGAUGGUACAGGAGCAAGAACACAGUAUACGGGGACAGCAACAGCAUCUAGCGUUCACAGCGUCGCAGGAACCACAACAAGAGCACCAACACCAAAUGGUACAGGAGCAAGAACACAGUAUACAGGGAAAGCAACAACAGGGACAGGAACAGCAUCUAGCGUUCACAGCGUCGCAGGAACCACAACAAGAGCACCAACACCAAAUGGUACAGGAGCAAGAACACAGUAUACAGGGAAAGCAACAACAGGGACAGGAACAGCAUCUAGCGUUCACAGCGUCGCAGGAACCACAACAAGAGCACCAACACCAAAUGGUACAGGAGCAAGAACACAGUAUACAGGGAAAGCAACAACAGGGACAGGAACAGCAUCUAGCGUUCACAGCGUCGCAGGAACCACAACAAGAGCACCAACACCAAAUGGUACAGGAGCAAGAACACAGUAUACAGGGAAAGCAACAACAGGGACAGGAUCUCUACACAGUCAUCCACGAUUAUACAGAUCUCGAUCUCGAUGCACUGAACGCGGAUAUUUUGGCAAUGCAACAGCGAGAUCAGCAGGAACAGGAAAAUCGUAAAGUGAACGAACAAGUCCCUCUACAACAACAACCCCAAGAUAUCCUAGGGUCGUUGCUGGAGAAUGUGAUUAAUCAAGACGCUCCAGUUAAUAACGACCCUCUCAUCAAGCGGACGCUCGACAUAGAGUCCUUCUCCAUUCAGCCCCUCUCAAAAAAAAAAAAAAUUGAUGACAGGGACGGUCUAGGAAAUAACGGUAACGACAGUCAUGCUAACAGCAACGAGGAUGAUAUAGAAAAAAAUGCAGAAACAGAGCUGGUAAUAGAUACAGCAACGGAAGACCUAGAUAUAAGAUGUGGUGAGGAUGAGGAGGAGGAGAAUACUGCUGCUGCUCCUGGUUGGGAUAAAGAUAGCAGCUACAACGAUGAUGUGAAUUAUUGGUCGGAUGAUAGCAGAAGGUAUAACAUCUUUAGGUUUUUUACCAAGAACACGGUAUUUGACAGCUUUAUAAAAGACGGUGAUCUAGUCGACACUGUCGAGAAACUCAGAUCUAUGCUACGUGAAUUACUAGAAAAUAUUAUAGGUGGAAAACGGGGGCGCGGGGGCGCGGGGGGCGCGUGGCGGACGGUGGACGAUGGUGGACGAUGGUGGACGGCGGCGGGCGGCGACGACGGCGGCGACGGCGGCGACGGCGGCGGCGACCCCGCAUGGCCCAUCCCAUAG